CUUCAUGUCCUGCUCUAUGCAAUGCUUCGUAAUGUCCGCUUUGGGACAAAGCUGUGUUAUGUAGUUCAGAGUUUAAAAAUGAGUUCUCCGUAUUUCAUGCAAAGCAGAUCUGUUCUCACCCGGAAAAGCAGUCAGGGUGCGGGCAGGGUACCUGCAGCUUCUCUGAGCUCCAAACUCACCAGCAGACAGAAGGAUGUAGACACCGUUCCUGCAGUGAAGCUGAAGGUGGAGGCAGAGGAGGCGACAGUGUCCGAACUGGAGCCCUCUGUAACCUCUUCAUCCACCGAUGGCUGCCAUGAACGGCUCCUGCAGACCACUGUCCAGCCACAGACAGAAGCUUCAUCACAGCAUCCUCACGGUCGCAGGAGAAGGCAGGUCAAGGUGGAAUAUGACAGAGAUGAUGCCGUUUCCCAGAUAAAGAUGGAGCACUGGGAGCCUCCGUGCUGGAUGAAACAAUUGGGUUUUAUCCGUGAGAUGAGGAGCGGUCGUGACGCACCAGUGGAUAACUUGGGAGCGGAGAAAUGCUACGACACACAAGCCCCUGCACAUGUGAGACGUUUCCAGGUGUUGGUGUCACUCAUGCUGUCCAGCCAGACAAAGGACCAGGUAACAGGAGCAGCUAUGCAGAGGCUUCGAGUACAUGGCUGCACUGCAGAGAACAUAGUCGCCACUGAUGAUAAAAAGCUGGGAGAACUCAUCUAUCCUGUCGGCUUCUGGAGGAAUAAGGUGAAAUUUCUCAAGCAGACGUCCGCCAUGCUGAUAACGGAGUUUGGAGGAGAUAUCCCAAACAGCGUGGAGGGGCUGGUUCGUCUGCCGGGAGUCGGACCUAAGAUGGCUCACCUGGCUAUGGACAUUGCCUGGGACCAAGUGUCUGGCAUAGGAGUUGACACACACGUGCAUCGCAUCUCCAACAGACUGGGCUGGCUCAAGAAACCAACCAAGAACCCAGAAGACACACGCAAAGCCCUGGAGGAGUGGUUACCAAGGGAGCUAUGGAGUGAGAUCAACUGGCUACUCGUUGGUUUCGGACAGCAGGUUUGUCUUCCGGUCAACCCACUCUGCUCUGUAUGUCUGAACCAGUACAGCUGUCCAUCUGCACACAAAUGUUCUCCUGCAAAGAGACCCAAACCCAGAUCACCAAAACACAAAGUUAAAAUUGAAACUGAACAGGAACUUCAUGUCAGAGCAGCAAACCAGGAGCCAAGUGUGUCCCUCACCAGACAAAGAAGGCAGGUAAAAAAACAUUAACUGCUGAUAUUGUUUUAGCAUCUUAUUGUGUGAGCUGAGUGCAGACAUUGGACAUAAAAACAUAUUUAAUAUGUUUGCAAGCAGUCAACGUGUGCAUUCACUGUCCAUACUGUUUUACUGUUUUUAUCUGUUGGGUUUUGAACACUAUGAGACUGUUUAUGUUUAAAGUAAUACAUAUUUUUUGUACUAUUCCUUUAUUUUUUCAAAUCAAAUUUAAAAAAUGAUGUACUGAAAGUUUUGUAGAGUUGUGCUCCAAUCGUUUCUGUUACUUAAAGUUCUAAAACCUAAGUUGUUAUGGAAAAAUUAAAGACAAAUAAAAAUCAAAUUUAAUAGAA